GUAAAGCGUCAUUCGGCUAUUCAUUCGAUCAAAUGGAAAAGUUUUAUGAAGGAUAAUGCAUGCUUAAUUAAAUUAGUUGUAGUGCAUGCUGGCGGUGGUGGUCCAAUCAGUAAUCUAUUAGCCCUAUAAUAUUUCCCAUGUUUUUUAUCACUCGAGGAGGAUUUCACGGAAUUGGGACGCAGUACGGAUAAUUACUGCGGAUUCAAUAAAUGGUUCUUGCAAUGUACAAGCGGAUUAUAUAUUACAAUGCUUAAAUGAAUGGAUAUCAUGUCACUAAUUAUUAUGCAGAUUUUAUUGUAGGAUAGGCUCUCGAAACAAAUCAAGCAAGAAGAGAUAUGUAAGUACCUAUACUCAAUAAUAACGAAGAGAUUUUAGCAUGAGAUUAUCCACCAAGUUAUGUACAAAGUUUUCACUUGUAUUUAUAGCACAAAUUUUAUGCAGAUAAGCAUACAAAGUAAAUGCUAAAAAGUACAGCUCAAUUCUCAAGAUUGUGAUUUAGCGUAUUAAGACCGUAAUUUACAAUACAUGCGGCUUUGCACCAAAAAAUUUCCUAUCGGUCUUGCUUCCUAAAAUUUUUGCCAGUUUAGCACCAUAUGCUUUACAAUCUCAAGCGAAAUCACUAUUGUGCAAUUUGCAUGGAUUGGGCUGAAAUCCUGCUGUAGAAACUUCGGGCAUUGGCCUCGAACAUGUAUUUUGACAUUAGCUGUGGUCACCAGACCGGAAAUAGUCAUUUCUUCGUAAGAUGCAAUGGAGGUGGUAUAUAUGUUUUUGUACGAUAUUUACAAAACAAGAGAUAAAAUCUCCUUCUUAUCUCGUUGCUAAUAUUACUUUAUCCAGACAUGUUCCCAAUUUUAAUUUCAAAAUUACACAGAAAGAUUCACAAAGCAAAAACGAAGAUUUGGCUCAUGUGCAUCUUGACUUGUACAGUUGCCCUUGUGGUUUCAUAUUUCAUUCUUCAAAAAAUAUUAUUCAGUCAAAAAUUGGAGAAUUCUAAUGAUAUCCCAAAAUCUCCAUUAAUUCGCAAAAAUUCUGAAGUUAGUGAAAGAAUUUUGUGCUACGUCCCACUGGUGAGGGAAAAGCUUCGAGUGGCCAAAGUGAUUAAGGAGACGUGGGGAUCAAAUUGUGACGAAUUGGUGUUUUAUGGAGACACUGACAAUUCAGAGUUGAAUAUUAAAAAUAUCAAUGUCACUGAAAAGUACGAGUUGUUGUGGGGAAAGACAAAGGCAAUUUUGGUUCACCUGCACAAUAAUUACGCAAAUGGAUUUGAUUGGUUUAUUAAAGCUGACGACGACACAUUCGUAAUACUCGAAAAUUUAAGACAAUUUGUCUAUAAAUUAAAACCAAGCGAGAAGGAUCUUCCUUUGUGGUUUGGAUUUAAAAUGAAACACCAAAAAAUGAAAAACGGAUACAUGUCUGGUGGAGCGGGUUAUGUAAUGAACGAGAAAGCCCUGUCCAAAUUUGCAUUGUUUGUUGAGAAGCAUAAGGACAAAGACUUUGUUCAGUAUGAACCAAGCAAAAUGGAACGUCCUGAGGGGUGCAAAACUACCACGAAUGAAGGUAUUGAGGAUCUUGAACUAGGACGAUGUUUCCAUUCUCUCGGAAUCGGUGAUAUACCAACGCAUGAUCACUUGGGAAGACAUAGGUUUCUACCAAUUUCAUUGCUAGCAAUGAUGUCGGGCAAUGUUGACUCUGGUCAUUGGAUAUGGUCUCAGUCCUGGCAUCCAAUUAAAUUGGUAAAAUAUCAUUAUAUUCUACCACUAAUAAGACAGUAUUAUUUAGCAAUAAAUGCAGAUACGUUUCAGCUAUAUUACAUGCCAGGUUUUGUAAUAUCAAUGUCCAAAUUUUAGGGAAAGAAUUGUUGCAGUCGAUCCUUGAUUGCAAUGCAUGACGUACCAAGCAUUCAGCUCAAAUUGUUAAAUUUUUUACUGUAUAAAUUAAAAACGUAAACCC